CGGAGCUCUUCCCGCGUCAGACCGUCACAGCUGUGGAGCGCGCUUUCGUCGUCCACAAGAAAUAAGGUUUCUCCCGGUUCCAACGUUAUUAAGCCUCGUGGUUUUCUGGAGUCAACUUCGCGUUUUUUCCCCCGACUCCAUGACAGCGCUAACUGCUCUCUGCGCAAGCGCGAAUGUAGAGCAAUUUACGAUGGAUUUAUCCACAGAUUUUUCGGACGAAUAUGAGGUGAAGUGAAUACAGAAAUGAAUAGUGUAUGAGUGUAUUUUUUUUUUAAAUCUCCAAAUCGUCUGGACUCAAGGACAAUUCCUGGAAGAAGAAUAGACAUUAAUGUGGUUUAUUGUUUUAAUGUUUGUCUGUUCAAUUGGGAGAUAUAAAAAACAAAUUCUUAACUUUAGUGAUGAGAAAAUGAUGCUGAUUGCUGGUGUCCAUUUUGAGAAAUGUAUAAUUCAUUGCUGAACCGACUCGAGAAAUGAACAUUCAAAUGAGGAGCCUUGCACUGACAUCUAAAAGUGACUGAAUUUUGAAAAUAUAGAUAGAAAUAACUUUAUUUAUACUAGAUACUCAAAGAUAUCAAAACUGAAAGAAAGAUUUUAUUUUAGACUUAAAAGUGACCGAGAUUCAAAUCUAUUAAUUUGAAAAUAUACAUAAAAGUAACUUUAUAUAUACUGAAUUCGUAAAGGAAUUAGAGACUAAAAUUUGAAAACAAUAUAUAUAUAAAACUUUAUAUAUACUGAAUUCUCAAAAGGUAAUUUAAACUGGAAGAAAUGAUCUGCUCAAAGCUUUCAUAUUUAAACAAAGAGUUGCAGUUGGUCUGAAUUCUCCGAGGAAUUUAAACUGAAAAGAAGUACUAAUUUAAUUCGUUCAAAACUUAAAAAAAGUACAGAGAUUUAAAGAAAGAGUUCGUCUUAUUGACAGAUUUCCUAAAGUUUAAUGAAGAAAAAUCACCAAUUCUUUUUAGUAAGCAAAUGUAGACCUACAUACUGCUACAUACUACAUAAAAAAAGGGUUGAGCUUAUUAAGCUUGGACUACGUGAAGCUUAGUGUAAGCCAAGAUAAAGUCUGACUCUAAAACUAAGCUUAAGCUUGCUUCAGGAACAGAGGCUGGAAUAAGGGAAAACUUUAUAGAUUAAGCUGGAUUCCAAGAUACAGCUUAUUUACAAGUCGAAACGAAAACUUAAGCUUUGUUCGUAAAAUCUCUAAAUACGCUUGAUUCCAGAAAUUAGCCUGAAACCAAACUAAAAAGCUUGAUUUUAAAGUCAACAACGAUUCCGUAGCAAAAUUUAUUCCAAAGCAAAGCUUAAUUCCAACAAAGCUUGAAACCUUGAUUCCAAAGCACAGCUUAAUCACAGAAAAGCUUGAAGCGUCUUUCCAAAGUACAACUUAAUUCCAGAUUAGCUUGAAGCCGUGAUUCCAAAGCAAAUCUUGAUUCCAACAAAGUUUGAAAUAUUGAUUCCAAAAUUUAAGCUUUAAUUAGAACGUAGACUCUAGAGCAAAGAUUAAUUCCCUAUUAAGCUGCAUUCAACAAAAUUCCCUGAUUAAGCUGUAUACCAAGCUUGACAAAGCUUUAAGACUUGGGAGUACAAACCUACGCUUAAUCCCAAGACAAAGCUUCAAGAUCUGAAGGAACAGACCUAAGCUUUAUCCCAAAGUUAAACUUAGCUCCAAAACCAGCUUCAUUCCAGGACAAAGCCUUCAAGACCUGGAGGAACAGACCAAAGCUUAAUCCAAAAUCUAAGCUCGUUCCAGCCCCAGCUUGAUUCCAGGACCAAAAAGAAAAAAAAAACUCAAGCCCUGGAACUCCCGAAGACAGAUUCUGAUUCCAGAUCAGGCCUCUAAUCACCACAACCUCGAAGUCCUGGAAUGCCCAAAGACAGAUUCUGAUUCCAGAACAGGCCUCUAAUCACAACCUCGAAGUCCUGGAAUUCCCAAAGACAGAUUCUGACUCCAGAACAGACCUCGAAUCCCAAACUCGAAGUCCUCGUAGUAAGUGACUCGUUAUGUACCACAUUGGCGUCCUACGGUGCCUGCGAGUGUGACGGCCAGAUCCUACGGGAGAUCCUACGGAGGGUAAAGAGUCCUUCAAAGUCCACUGAAUGCCCGUCAGGGAUCAGAACCCCUCUCGACCAUCCAACAAGUCUCGGAACGGCAUGUUCAAAUGGAUGAUCUCGGGACACAAGGGUCACAAACACAAGCAGGAGAAGCUGAACAACGCCGUGUUGAACAACAAGAACAAGAACAACCUUAAGCAACAACAACAGCAACAACAACAUCACGAACAACAACAAAAUGAAAACCAGGAGGACCAGACGAACCACCCUGCACAACAACAGCAAGAGCUACCACAACAACAACAACUCAAUACAGUGCUCCACAUCUCUGAGCCGACUUCAAAUGGGGACACCAUCCAGAAUUUGGACAAGUGCGACGAGGGGCCCAGUGGAGGCAGGACUCCAGGGCCCCGUCCCAGCCCAGCGGGCCAGCAGUCCUCGAGACGCGUUACCCCUGAAGAUCUGAGCACACAGGGCCGACGUGUGUCAUGUCGCCCCCUGGGGUCGCGGAUACGAGGGUCGCUGACGCAAGGGCGUCCCGGGGAGAGAUGUAGGAUCUUACCGACGCGUGAAGAUGAAAAUGGACGCCUGCAAAAUCCUCGCCCACCUGCUCCUCGAGAGGCGGGGAAAGGGGCGAGCUCCCAAGCGAUCCACCCCUGCGGCGCCUCCUCAGAAGGGGAUGCCCCCGGGGGCCAGCCACAGGGGGAGGCUCUACCAGAGCGAGCCUGCUAUCCACUCCUUGGGACAGGAGGGUCCUCGGAGGGGCGCUCUAGGAUUCAGGAUGAGAGGGACUCCAGGAAGUGCAGACAACGACCAGGUACCCCCUCCACCAGCGCUCACCCUCCCCCUCCGCCAUCCCACCCACCACCUCCCGUGCCAUCCCAUCCCCAGGGAUUCCCACACCCGCCUCAGCAACCAUUACCACCAGUCCCGGGACACCACGAGGACAACGCGUACCAACACGAACGUCUGCUGCAGGCCCCUGGGACGUGUACCCUCCCCAGGAGAGGUCUAGUGAGGGAGGACCCCAGCACGAGGUUCAGAUCCCCCUCGAACCCUCCCCCGGCGUCUCGGCAGCCUCCCCCCUACUCGAGACACCAGCCUCCGGAUCCUAUACGGAGAGUCCGGGGUCCAUACCAGCCUCCUCCGCCACCAAAGAUUGACAAUGGUGACUCCAGAGAUCACGCCAGAGAUCACUGGGACCCUAGAGGCUCCAGAGACCUCUGCAACCCCAGAGAACCUCGCGAGAGAGACUUCGGUAGGUUUCGCGAGCGACACGGAGGUGGAGGAGGGCAUUCCGAUUUCCCAAACCCCAGAGACAGAAAUCUGCAAGAGAGCGACAAACGAGACAACUGGGACCGGAGAGAUAUGAGAGAGCCCUACGACGCGAGAGAACACCGAAAGUCGCGUAACUUCCAAGACAUCUUAGACACCUGGGAGAAACGAGAGUCCAAGGUCCACCUGGACCAUCACCACGAGGAGCAGCAACACAGAAGCUCAUCCCUACCGAGAGGAAACUACGACAACUGGAUUUCCAAGACGAACAGGUGGAGCUCUAGAGAUCCUGACUCUGGUUUUGAUUCCCUCAAUAAUCCGAGUAUCGACGCAGGUCCGCAUUCUCUGGAUUCUGUGGGUGGUCUGCCUGGUCAUCAGUCAAGAUGUGCAAUACCUAUAAAUCAUGAAGACGUUCCUUAUUCCCAAUCUACUGAAGAUUUGCUCAAUGCUUCCCGUACAUCACCGGAUUCCAUAUCGUCUACCCCUGCAUCGUCAGCAUCGUCGUCGCCCAUCCAGUACCCUACUAUCAGACCCGCUAAACAGCCUUGCAUUGGCAGUGCCUUACAUCACUCUCCUAACCCUCUCGGUUCAUCACAUCCAUCUCCACACUCUCCAAGUGCAUCAUCACCUCUUGCGUUGGGUUCACCUCAUCAUCAUUCAACUCCAGUUGGCCCGCCGAGGCCUCCGUCUCCGGACAAUGCUCUCCUGUCAGACAGUGUGUACCCUCAACACGAUGGCCAGCCACGAUAUGCCGAAAUCCCAGACGUUAAGGAACCCAGGGACAGAGAAGAGGAACCAAAGAAUCAACGGGUAUCAAGGGACUUGAGAGAUGCGAGAGAUGUGCUGGAAAUGAGAGAUGAGAGAGACGGCAAAGCAGCCAAAAACCAAAGAGACGUGCGAAACAAUGGCGAUGUGAGAAACAAUCAUGAUCCGAGAGCUCCCACAAGGGUUUUCAGAGACACUAGCUUACCAAGAGACCUGAGAGACUACAGAGAUUCGAGGAACGUCCUCGAAGUGAGGGAGGACAGACUGAGUCACGACAGAGACCCGAGGGGAUUCAGGGAACUCUCCGUCGACGGGGACGACCACGAUCCACUGGACAACCGGUGCGAUGUCAGCAGAGGUCGUAGGGACUCCCGUCAGUAUUCGGCCGAGAGAACAGAACUGCCAAAGGAAGUAAGGUUUAGUAAGGAUCCCAGCGAAGGACUCAGAGUGCGAGAUGCUCCUUCCUAUGAACGCAGAGACAGGGAUGCUGACGGUGCUGAUGACCUUCAAGUCACAGAACAGAGGCGGGGUUCCAUUUCGCACUCUAAAGAAAGACAGAUUGAUUCUAGGAAAGGGGAUGGCGCAACAGCCUCCUCAGUUUCGUGGAUGGAAUGGACUCAACAAUUGCAGGCCUACGUCGCCUGGGUCAACUCUCAGCUCAGAAAAAGAGGCCGACCCUUGAUCACGGACCUGAGGAGGGACCUGCAGAGUGGCGAAGUCUUCGCUGAUCUCAUCGAAAUCAUCUCUGGCGAAAGGGUCGCCGGAAUCAGCCGUGAUGGAAACACAGUCCAGACCAUGAGAGAGAAUCUCGAGAGAAUCCUGCAGUUCAUGGCUGCCAAACGGAUCCGCAUGACCCACAUCACCAGUAAGGAAGUCGUGGAAGGGAACCUGAAAAGCAUUAUGAGAAUCAUCCUUGCUUUAGCUGCUCAUUACAAGCCCCAGAGCGUGAAGUCCUCAGCAUCCUCAAACGUCCACAGUCAGCAGCAACAGGACACAGCCAGCGCUUCGUCCAGACAGUCUCACCCAAUGCCUGCAACCCAUGACAUUGGUGUUGGUCCAGACGCGCCAGUCACUUCUGUAGAAAAGACACCAAACUUGAGUGCCAACCGCCGAGCUAUCAUGACUGGGUGUGCCAACGAUGACUCCGGGGGAGGCAUUGUAGGACUCAGACGACAUCCAAGCAUGAACGCAGCACAGGGACCAGUGAGAGACUCCUCUCCUGUGUACGAAAACCUCCCGAGGAGAACUGCACAAAACCGGUGGGCCUACGAUUCCCUGAGACCAUCCCACAAAUUCCAGUGGACUGCAUCGCAAGCGCACCAGAGGAACGGUCCUCCGGCCAUCCCUCCUAAAUCCAACUUGGACGAAUCGUCUGAUGACCCCCUCAACUCGUCCUUCAACGCCUCUUUAACAAACUCUCUCAAUACCUCGCUGAACACUUCCCUUGAUGGAGACGUAGAGGUCUCCUCGCCAAGGCACGAUUCAGGAGGAAGAGGCCCCAUUCGUCCAGGAGGAGCGGGCUUCUGGCAAGACAUCUCUGCAAGGAGAGAUUCCAACACAGCAUCGCCUGACCAACAGAGCAGCUCUCAAAAUCAGAAUUCUGCUGACGAUCCCGAUAAUCCAUUCAGGUACCACACGAUCCACCGCAUGAGCGGACGCCGAAAGCUCCCGCAGAUUCCCGGGGCAGCGUCUUGUCCUUCCGGCAGCAGGACAUCCGGUCGGGAGGAGUCCGAGGGUUCUCGAGGAGCCCUAGGAGACUCUCCCGCAGAUCGCAGCGGCGACGACAGGUCUACCAGCAGCGGAGGCGGCGCAAAUGACGAAGGAUCUAGAGAACCUGAAGGUCGAAGUCAAAAUUCUUCCCCAGCCACGAGCCUCAUCCGGGGUCCUACCCUGGAUCAGUGGCCGAGAGAGAAGAAGAACCCGCUCGACCCCUGGGAACAGGAGUCGGAUUUGAAAGGAGUCCUUCGGGAUUUGAACAGCACGAGAGAUCAGCUGCUGGCCCUCCAGCACUUGGAGCUGGACCCAGCCUUAAGAAUAAACAUUCCAGGCAGGACGCAAGAUCUGGCCUCAGAAUCCACAGCCUCUGCCAAGCAAGAGAUCAUCCACUUAUCUAUCGCCCGCCAGGCUCUGGAGGCUGAGAAGGCGGAGCUCAAGAGGCUCCUGGACCAGCGGGAGAACAUCAUCACGGAGCUGAGGAAGCAGAUGCACCACAGGGACAAGACCAUCCAAGUCCAGAGGGCACAGUUCGAAGACGCCAUCCGGAAUCUCCAGAACGGCAAGAGAACUGUCAGCAUGGGAGACACCGCCCUUACACGCGGCAACACUGGAAUGGGAGGAGGGACCAGAGAGGAACUCCAGCUGGUCAGAGACGCCAUCAUCUCCCUGAGGAGUAACUUCAGAGGAACCGACCCCAACCAGCACACACUAGACACUCUGGAGCAGGCAAUAGCUGUUCUCAUAGAGAGGUGCGGAGGGCUGACCAGCGUAGGAGGGACUGGAGGAGUUGGAGCGGGGAAUGGAGCAAAUGGGAGCCCAGGAUCUGGAGGACUGGCCAAUGGAGUGAUUAGCACGAGCGCAGAUAAAUCGUCCAGGCCUGGCGAUAAGCGUUUACAGGUCAAUGGUGUGGUCGAACCGUCGACCAAAGUCAUCUACUUCACGGAGAGGACUGUCACGCCCUUCAUGUCGACGAUCAACAAACGCCUCGGGGAGAUACGUCUCAGGGACUUCAAGAACAUGUUCGACAGACCGGGUCUGUUCAGGUUCCAUUUCAAGAGCCACGACCCCGAGUAUGGCAUGGUCAAGGAGGAGAUCGUAAAUGACGACGACAUUCUCCCAGGCGUUGAAGGGAAGAUCAUAGCUUGGGUGGAGGAAGACACAGACUAGAAACUUGGUCUACAAGACUUGCAGAUGAUGUUUGGAGCUUCUGAUAGCCAUUGGCAACUUCCAAACUUCCAACGGUUCUUGGGAACUACCAAACGUUCUCGGGGGGCUUGGAAACGUUGUUGGGAGCUUCUGAAACGUUUAAGGUGCUUGCAAGAGGUCUUGGGAGCCUGCAAAAGUUUCUUGGAGACUUCUGAAGUAGCUGGAAGACUCCUUAUGUUGGUGGGAGCUUUUUCAAGGUUCUGAGACUUCCAAAAAGUUCCUGGGAGCUUCUUCAAGGUUCUGAGACUCCCAAAAAGUUCCUGGGAGCUUCUUCAAGGUUCUGAGACUUCCAAAAAGUUCCUGGGAGCUUCUUCAAGGUUCUGAGACUCCCAAAAAGUUCCUGGGAGCUUCUUCAAGGUUCUGAGACUUCCAAAAAGUUCCUGGGAGCUUCUUCAAGGUUCUGAGACUCCCAAAAAGUUCCUGGGAGCUUCUUCAAGGUUCUGAUUUUUCCAAAAAGUUCCUGGGAGCUUCCUAAAGGUUCUGAGAUUUCCAAAAAGUUCCUGAGAGCUUCCUAAAGGUUCUGAGACAUCCAAAAAGUUCCUGGGAGCUUGAAAGAGUACUUGGGAAGUCCCUGCACUUGCUUCGAGUUUCUAUAAGUUGUUGAGUUAGAAAAUUUUCUAAGACCUACAGUUGUUGAAGGCUCCCAAUAGUUGUUAGUAGGCUAAAGAUGUUGAUAGCAACCAGAAGUUAUUGAUAGCUUAAAGAAGGUUCUGAUAGUUCUCAGUUCUUGAUAGCUCAAAGAAUUUGACGACAGCUCCCAAAAGUUGUUGGAAGCUCAAAGAAAAUGGUGAUAGCUCUCAUCGGUUGAGGCAGUGAUAAUUCACAAAAGUUGUUGAUAGCUCAAAGUACGUGGUGAUAGCUCAAAUAAAGCAGCGAUUGCUCCAAAAAUGUGUUGUUAGCUCAAAAGAGGCAGUGAUAACUUCAAUUUGUUGAUAGCUCAAAGAAUAUGGUGAUAGUACCCAAAGUUUAUGAGAGAUCCCAGAAGUUUUGAGAACAUUCUGAAGUGGCUGGGAAUCCCUGGAAGCUGUUGAGAACCUGCAGAUUUUGAAAAGUUGUAAAACUUCUUUAGGAGCCUCCAGAUGUUUUGGGAAGUCUUCAGAAGCCACUGAGAACUUGCUCAAGUUGUUGAGAGAGCUUCCAUGAGUUGUAGGAAUUCCAACGAACUUGUAGAAUUCAUUCAGCUCUUAAAUACAGUUGAGGUUUUACAACAAGUACUUGUAGCAGUUGUAGAGAGCUUCAUCUUCCAGAAGUGGUUGGAAGGUAAUCGUGGUAUUUGCAGUGCAAUCCAGUUUAGAGACAGUUCUCUUGCAGUUUACUUAAGACAAUGAACAUUUUGAGAGGUACCAGAAUAACCAUGAAACCUGACAAACCAAAACAGGACCCACCUAAUGGACCAAAAGAGGGUCAACUGGAGUAGCUCCAAAAACAAACUCAGAACUUCAGUUCCCUCGACUUGUGUCCAUCUGGUCUGGGCUAGGUUAGGACAUUAGGUUAGACGUCCCAGUGGCCUUUGUGAAUAUGAAAAAUCUAAAUAACAAAUGUGAUGACUGAACCGUCCAUUUUCCGACUUACUGAAGUCAAACAUAAUCAUAUGUCUUAGAAAUUAUUGAAAUAAGACCACAAGUGUAAAUUUUCGUUGGCAGACAUGGAAAAGACAAUUGUAAUGAAAGUUUACAAAAAUACAAUAAGUGUGUAAGUUUAUUUUGUAACAUUUGAAGAAUGAUAUUUAUAAUGCAUUUCCAUUUUAAAGCUAAGAGUAAUGAAUAUGUCUUCACACGAGAACUUAAAGAACCAUUAUUAGCCGAAAUAUAUUUCUAUGGCAGUUACUUAUUUAAAAUACCUUUGCUUCAUAUAAGUAAUAUGGAAAUAUAUUUACAUUCUGAACACAAAGACAAACUGAAAUUUGAACUGUCGAGUUUUAAAAGCUGUUUUUGUUGGAGUUCUUUAUAAGUUUAUUUGUCAAAAGACCAUUUCAGACUUUGUAGAUACUUAUAAAAUAAAUCGCAGUAUUAAGCUUUAUAGUUUUGUAUUUAUAGAUUUCGUACUUUUAUAAGUUUAUAGGUACUUAUAAGUUUGUUCUGUUAACUUCCUGUGUGGCAGUAUUAUUAUAAGUGUUACUUUUGUACAUAAAGUACUGAACUUCUAUAAAUCGAAUUUUUUAAUAAUUUAUUUAUGUAUAAUAAUAAUAAUAAUAAUAAUAAUAUGAAUUUUUUCUUGCAUUUGUUAAGCCUUUGGUGUCGUUACAAUUUAAUUUUGGGCUGUUUUUGUCAUGUCUCUCAUUUAAAAAAGAAGACUUCAGGAUUGCAUUUUUUAGUAAUGUUUCUCACUCAAACCUGAAUGCAGAAUUGCAUUUUUGUCAUGAUUCUAAUUUAAUCCCGACUGUAAGAUUGCAUUUCUGUCAUGUUUCUCUAUCAAGAGAGAGUUGAGGAUUGCAUUUUUUAUAUAAUUGUAAAAUUCCAUUUAUAUAAUGUUUCUCACUUAAUCCAGUGUAGGAUUAUAUUUUUGUCAUGAUUCUCAGAAUCACAAUUUUUUGUCACGAUUCUCAUUCAGUCUAGAAUUCAAUUUUGCCAUUUUACUUUGGGAAAUUCAAAUGUCCAGCGAUGAGUUUAUUAUUAUUAUUAUAUU